CUGGCAACCCGCGUUCGAGUCACUUCAACAGGAAGUUUAUUCGCACGAGACUAGAACGCCACCGAUGGACGAUUCGCAUGCGAGAUGGAUGCUGCAAACCGCUCUGACUUCUACAUUGGUUUGGCACUUGCUGUCAGCUCGACUAUCUUCAUCGGUGGCAGCUUUAUAUUGAAAAAGAAAGGCCUCCUACGACUGGCCAAAAAGGGCUCUACUAGAGCAGGUCAAGGUGGAUAUGCAUACCUGAAAGAAUGGUUGUGGUGGUCUGGACUUAUAUUAAUGGGAAUAGGUGAAGCAGCAAAUUUUGCAGCUUAUGCAUUUGCUCCUGCCACAUUAGUAACACCCCUGGGAGCAUUGAGCGUUUUGGUCAGUGCUGUGCUUUCAUCAUACUUCCUGAGUGAGCGGCUGAAUAUCCACGGCAAAGUUGGCUGUUUGCUGUGCAUCUUCGGUUCCACUGUUAUGGUGCUCCAUGCUCCGAAAGAGGAAGAAGUUGCCUCUUUGACUGCAAUGGCAGAGAAACUCAAAGACCCAGGAUUCAUUGCUUUUGCCGUCUGCAUUGUCGUCAGCAGCCUGGCCCUGAUCUUCUUUGUCGCACCACGCUAUGGUCAGAAAAAUGUGCUGGUAUACAUCCUCAUCUGCUCUGUGAUUGGUUCGUUGUCUGUGUCCUGUGUGAAAGGCCUUGGCAUUGGGAUCAAAGAGCUGUUCGCUGGAAAGGCCGUUCUGAAAGAGCCGCUGUUCUGGGCCCUUCUCAUAUGCCUUGUGAUCUGCAUCAGUAUCCAGAUAAGCUACCUUAAUAAAGCCCUUGACAUCUUCAACACUUCUAUAGUUACACCUAUUUAUUAUGUAUUCUUCACCACAUCCGUCAUGGCUUGUUCAGCCAUCUUGUUUAAAGAGUGGCUUCAGAUGUCUGCCGACGGGGCUGCUGGGACUGUUAGCGGCUUUCUAACCAUCAUCAUUGGCAUUUUUCUACUCCAUGCGUUCAAGGACAUAAACUUUAAGAUGGACUCUCUACCUUUAUUUCUGCACCUUGGCUCUCAAAACAGAACGUGGAACCAACCAUACAUUGCUUUGCCAAACGAUGAGAGAACUACUUUGAUCGAUGAAAGCAAGCUGACUAAGAAAAGAAAUGCAAAGAGCUUUUUUCCUGAGAGUUCAGACAAAAAGAGCAAUGGUACAUUUAUUACUUAGCAUAAUAUCAGCAAAAAUGCUUAUGUGAGUGACUACUAAAACACAGAUGUACGCUACUCUACAGGCAUGCAUUGCAAACCAUUAAUACUGUGAGAGUACUUUCAUUUGCUUUUCUUUUCUUUAGGUACUUGUCUUAUAUAUUUUCUAUAAUAUUUCUGUUUCCAUCUUGCAAUUUGUGCAAGAUGGUGUGCCUAGUCAUUAGUUUUAAAUAGAAAAAUCCUGAAGUAGCAAGUGUUAAAAAAUCUGCUGUACAACAACUUAUUAAAUGUUACAUUAUUUAUUCUAUGGUCAAACCAGCCUUGUUUAGGAUAUAAAUAGAAUUAUAUUCAUAUCAAGCAACUGUUUAAUGCCUCAUCCUUUUUUAAAUUAUUUUAUACUGUCCAAAUCUGUCUUUAUAUCUGAUCAAAAAUAAUGUCAAACUUGUAAUAUUGUGAAAUAUUAUUACAAUGUAAAAGAACUGUAUUUUAUUUUAAUAUAUUUUAAAUGCAAUUUAUUCCUGUGAUGGCAGAGGUGAUUUACAACAGCCAUUUCUCCAGUUUCCAGUGUUAAUAAUUUUAAUAUGCUGAUACUUUUGUGCAAACAGUGUUAUAUUUUUCAGGAUUCUUUAAUAAAUUAAUGAUCAAAGGAACAGCAUUUAUUGGAAACCUAAAUCUUUUGUCACUUUUGAUCAAUUAAAUGCAUACCCCAAACGUU